GCAAGGGAUCAGGGUGGGCCAGGCGCGCGCCCUGUGGUCGGUUGUUACCACCCUGGGCGCAAAGGCCCACCUUUCCCUUUAAGCACAAAUGUCUGUUUGUACUGGGGCAGUGCUGUUGUCUGGAGAGUUCACUGGCUUCUUCCAAAGAGGUCUAGGAGACUCGAAUUUACAACUUUCUCAGGCAAAUAGAUUCUCACCUUACAGCCUGCCUCCUCAAAGCCAAGCCACCCAGUAAGCCAAGCUCCAACAGUCUCAGCAGGGUAUUUGUUCAGCAGCUGGAUCUCUGCCAGUCAGACACUGUUUUCCAUUGGUUGAGUCCCAUCACUUUGUGUAUGUUUCCUGAGGCCUCCAGAUCCUCCUUGAGAGCAAAGCGCAUUCACAUCAAGCCGACACGGCACACAAUACAGGCCUGAACUCCAAGAUGAUGAGAACAUGAGGGGAUAACGGAUCUUGCAGCACCACCGGAGGUACUGAAUUUUUCGCAUGUAGUUUGGAAGCUAAAUCAGUCACAAAAAUGAAACGGGCAAAGCAUCUAUCAACUACUAGUAAGAAAUUGACAAGUGUUCCAGAAUUACCUUUUAAAAAGGGACUACUUAAUUCAUCACCUAAGCUGAAAGAAAAACGUAAUACCAAGCCACUACAUGAUAAAACCGAACCAAUGGUCCUAAGGUCUCCACCCACAGGAGAAUCAAUUGUACGGUAUGCCUUGCCAAUACCAUCAAGUAAGACCAAGGACUUAAUAGCAGAAGAUGAAAUGGUCAGGAGGAUUGCCAAGCACCUGAAGACGGUGGUAACUGCUUUGGAAGACACAUACGGAGCUGUCGAUGAAGACGGGGAAAAAACACCCAUGAAACCUAAAGCGGAUGGCGUGUCUUUAUCUGUUGGCGAUGAUAUGAAUUCGUUCUUGUUGUGCUGCUCACAAUUUGCAGCUCAGUUGGAGGAAGCAGUUAAGGAAGAACGUAACAUCUUGGAGUCUCUUUUCAAGUGGUUUCAGCAACAAGUCAACCAAAUGGAGGAGAUAGGUAAAGAUCAAAGCAUUUUAGAAGCAGAUCUUCCAUCAGAUGACAAAUCGGUCCAUUCAAACAUUGCACAAAUAGCAAAUCUGGUACAUAAAUUUGAAGAUCUGAAAAGUCGCCUAAGAGAGCACAAGGGAUCCCUGGUGUCUAAAUACGUUGAUAAAGAGACUCCAUCAGUUCCAGUGAAAACUUAUGAAGGUGUAGAGAAGCAAAUUGAAGACUUCAUAAAAUCCCACUCAACUUUUGAAUCUCAAGUUGAUUCUGAAACUGAGCCAGAAGCUCCUUAUUCAGUGACUGAUCGGAUGAAUGUGAUGAUGAACAUAUUUAAAAAUCAGACAAAUAUGUUAGAGAGAGCUUUAAAUGAUCAGAGUAUAAUUGAGACUAAAUAUAAACAGAUGGAAGCUGAUUUUCAAGUAUUAUUAGUGGAGAAAACCCUAUUGGAAGGUGAAAUACGGAGGUUGAGGGAGUCAGAGAAAGCAAAGCCUGCCGGCAAAGAAGAGCGAAGCAAGAAACCCGCAAAACCAGAGAAGAAAAAAGAUAAAGAUUCAGAAAGGAAAACAUCUCCAAGCAGAGAAAUUGAACUGAUUGAAAUCCAAAAAGAAGCAGAAGCACUGAAGAUGGAGAAGAAAGCCCUCCAGGAACAAUUGAAAUGGGCUUUGCAGGAAGCUGAAAGAAAUAAGACUCAACUCGACAUCGUCCUGCAUCAAGAGAUGGAGGUGUUUAAAGAAGAGAAGAGUAAAACAAAACUGGACCGGGUUCUCAGUAAAUCAAAGGUCAAGGGUGAGACUUCCAAAUCAACGGAGAAGGUCCCACAGCCGGGCAAGAUCUCACCUGAAAAAGGCAAAAGCUUGGAGAGGAGACGAUCUAUCUCUGCUGAUUUAGAUCCUUCAGCUUUAGAGGGUUUCUAUGGUGUCUCAGAUGUUUCAGCCUUCCCACAAGAGGUCUUUAAGUCAUUUACAGCACUGCCAUUUAUUGAAGAGAGGCUAGAGUCGGGCUCGCCCCUGCCAAAGGAGAUGAAGAUGUGGUCCCUGGUGUCAUUUCCUGAUCUUGCCAAAGAAAUUGAAAAGGCUGAAGCAUCAGAACAAAUGCUAUUUCAUACAGACGAAGAAAACUCUGAAGUUCCUUAUGAAGGAUUAGAUGAACGUUAUGCAAAAGAAGAUAAAGAUUUGCUACCAGAAGACGAAGCAUUAAGAGCAAAGCAACUCUCGGACCGGGGGAGACGCAAACCACUUUUUAUCACUGCAAAAAAACCUGAAUUUUUGAGUUUACUUUCAAGAACACAAUCUGAAAUUGAGAAUCUUGAAGCCAUAAAAUAUGAGAAUGUGACUAAUGAAUUUGAAGAGAGGUCUGUCAAAGAAGACUCAAAAACAGAAAUAAAAUCAAAGGGACAGAAAGGUUCUAAGACUGGGAAACUUUACACUCAUGAGGAAGAAUCAGAGAGAGCUGCCUAUGAAGAAACAUCAAAAGCCAAAGCUCCAGCAAAGAAACGGGACACUGCCAAAGGAAAAAGACUUGCUACUCCUGAUGUAGAUGCUGAUGAAUCCAUCAGUCCAGCGAGUCAAGCCUCAUCAACAAAAUCAGACACACAAACAAAGAAACAGAAACUUCACAAGAGAGAAAGACCCAUUGCCAGCAGUGAAAUAUCAGAUAGAAAUAUGAGACCAGAAGAUCAAAAUGUACAGUCAAGCUCCCAAAUCCAACUAAAGAAGCAAAGAUCAUUGGGAGGGGAAAUACUUACUAUUCAUUUUGCAGCGCCAGACGAAAGCUAUGGGCAUUUGUAUUCAGAGUUCUCGUCAGAAUCCCAGGCACAAUUAGAGAGAGGAACAACUUCUGAAGAUGCGAGACUCAGUAGAAUUCCUUCCGAAUACCAGAAAAAAGAUUUAUCAGUGGACAAUCUAUUGCCUGAGAAGAAACCUCUUAUUAUAACCAGAAACGUGUCUCAGAACAAGAAACCUGGCCUUCUUCGGGAUGAUAAUGCGGAGAAUGAAAAUGUGAAUGGAAUCUUCACAGAUGAAGACCUAGAAUCAGAAAGGAGAGAUCCAAAGAUACUGAAAGCUGAUAAACCAGUCAUAGAAGUUCAGGAGAUACCCGAACGUAACAAAACACUGAACCCAAUAAUUAGUGACCUCAUAUUUCGCUUGGAUAUGGACAAUGUGGUUGAGAAUAAGCUAGAUAACUUGAGGGACAUGCUUGGACAACAUUUAUUAAGAAACGAAUUCAAGCCACAGUCAAAGAGUGGAGCCGAGAUCGGCAGAGAUAAAAAGAGGACGUCCGCCAAAUCCAAAUCAACAGCGAAAACAGACGCCACAAGUAAGCAGGGUAAGGAACUAAGUAUUAUUAAAGGAACAAAACUACUUGAACAACUAAAAGAUCAACAGGAUGUGGGUUUAUUGAAAAUCAAACCUCAAGAAACCAUUACCACCAAGUACCAUCCACCAAAGAAAUUUCCAACAAAAGUGAUCAAUCUGUCACCCUUCUUGGCCAGUCAAGAAGAAAACAUGGAAAGCUCUUCCCCACAUACGGAUGAAAUCCAAAAACCACUUUAUAGGACAUCUAGGGGAAGUUCAGGCAUCCCUGCAACCUUUCAGCAGAUGAUGAACAGCAGAAAGAUUACAGGGGAUCUGAGACCAAAAAGAACAUCCAAGGAACAAACUGAACUUGAAAAUCAGCUGCGUAUUUCAAUCACAUCUUCAAAAAAAUAUGUGCAUAAAGGGCAAUCUAAACAUCAAAAGUUAAGGAAAAAAGGUGCUGAGUCUCAAAGUAGCAUACGUCCUUCGGCGUCUUCUAUCAAAAAGCAGAAACUUAAAGAACAGCCUAAACCUGUAAAGUUAGUUGGAAAAGGUACUAAACUUCCAAAAAAUCGGAAGAUGCCUGCCUCUACUCCAAAAAUCAAAGUCAUUAAAGAGCUGUCUAAAACUUCUCAUUUAGAAGGUGAAGAUGUUCAACUUUCAAAUAAUCCAUCCAAGUCAAAGUCUGCUAUAAAGAAAUUUCUGACUGAAGAGCCACCAAAACCUGUAAGCUUAAAUGACCAAGAUGCCACAAUUCUAUAUAAUCUGCUUGGUUUGACCUAUGCUACAAACAAAGACCCCACUAAAGAGCCAACUAAACCCAGUGACUUAGACAAGAGUGCUGUUGAUAUUCUGCACAUGUCAAAUUCAGCUUUAAUACAAUAUUUAAAAGGCUCAUCUAAAACUAGUGACAUUGGGAAGAAAGUAAGUAAAAGAUCAAACACUCUGCACAAAUCAACCUCUUCUAUGAAGAAGCAUGUGCAUAAAGAGCCGUCUAAGACUAAAAAGUUGGGCAAGAAUGUUGGUGAAGGCACCCCUACUCCGAGCAGGUUAACCCCUGCUUGGAUGAAGCUUCUGCUCAAAGAGCCAUCUAAAAUCAGUAAUAUAGACAAGCAAAUUAUUAAAGGAACAAAGAUCCUGCCCAAGUCAAACUCUGCCUUGAAGAAACGUGUGCCCAAAGAGCCAUCUAAAACCAGUAAUUUAGACAAGCAAAGUAUUAAAGGAACAAAUACCCUGCGCAAGUCAAACUCUGCCUUGAAGAAACGUGUGCCCAAAGGGCAGCCUAAACCUACAACAUUAGACAAGAAAGGUGCUGACCUUCCAAAUAAUCUGGUUUCUUCAACAUCUGCCUCCAGUAAGCACAGGUUUAAAGGCUGAGUCUGAAAACUCAGAUGAAAAGGAUUUUAAACUCCCAAGUAAUCUGUGCCCUUCUGCCUCUACUACAAGGAAGCGUCUCCUUAAAGGCCUUAAUUUUCUGUAUGGUGUUCCAAAAAGAAACUAUAUCAUGGCCCGUCCAAAAGUCCACCUGCAUUAAAUACUAUUCCGUGAGAGUGGGCUGCACAUCCAGACUUGACAGAAAGAGUCCCAAGGGUAAGCACCAUGAAGCUGUUCAUGGACACAGUGAGGCAAAGUGGCGCAUGGGAACCGGUAUGUGGGAACCCUGUGAGUGGACAGCGCUUUCGGAACAGCAGUGCAGAAGACCCCUGAUGACCAGGGUAGGACCAGAUCAUGAGAGUCCUUCAAAGGCGACAGAUCCCCACUUCACUCUUUGGAACAGCCUGAACCUCCAAGAUCACCCUCUUGUUGCUGACGUUCCAACUUGCUCUGCCGAGAUAAGAUCCCUACAGUACCUUCUGGUGUGGUGUAAACGCAAUUAAACGACAUUUGUGCUCC